GCAGAAAAAGGCUGCCUGAGUUCUGUCUGAAGCAGGCCUGGUGAGGUUUUGGAAAGUUUGGGUUUCAGUUACGUCAAUCGAUUGUGGUUACCGAGACACGAGAGGCCCGGAAGCUGCUGGAGGAGCUGUGUCUCUCUCAAUUAAAUGCCACAUGAACUCUCGCGCGCCAGCUUGCCUUCGGACCUGGAGUCUGAAGGGCUUGCAGUUUUAGAUGGUUCAGACCCUGUACUGCACUGAAAGAAAAAGACGAGUACGCCUUCACAGAUGCAGACGGAAACCAGACACAGCUCUUCAACUGUUCAUGGGGGGAUCCACUAGAUUUGUCCGCUUGUUGAGGUUCUGUAUUGCAAGGACUAGAAGUACCACCAGUAGAGCACAGAACUGUAUUGAGUGGAUUCAGGUGAAUGUCAUGUGGAUUCAGGUCCCCUUCUUCAGUGACACUCAUUCAGAAUUCGCUGCAAAUGGACAAACUCACUAACUGGAUCAGCAGGGAAACACGAGGACAGGACCACCUUUUUGCAAAGGCCUGAAUCUAGUUUGGACGGCCCUUUCCAAGCUCUAACAUGCAGGGAAACUCUACGGUGUCUCCUAGCAGUGGAUACUGCACAGUGAAUGACCAGAUGGUGCCAUUCACCUACCUGUACUACCUCAUCUUCCUGAUAGGAAUCCUCGGCAGCUCUGUGGCCCUGUGGGCAUUCACCCGCAACUGCAAGAACAAGAAGUGCAUCAAUGUCUAUCUCAUCAACUUGCUGACAUCGGAUUUCUUGCUAACUCUCGCCCUGCCCUUUAAGAUUGCCGUCGACCUGGGCAUCGCCCCGUGGAGCCUGAAGAUCUUCCACUGCCAGGUCUCCGCCGUCCUCAUCUAUGUCAACGUGUACGCGUCCAUCCUGUUCCUGGCCUUUGUGAGCGCCGACCGCUACCUUCAGAUCUCGCAGGCUUCCACACUCUUCCGGAUCCAGCAGGUGGGCUUCGCGAAGGUGAUGUCAGCGGUGGUGUGGGGGCUGGUCCUGUUCAUCAUGGUCCCCAACAUGGCCAUCCCCAUCAGGAGCGUCAAGGAGAAGCCGCUGGUCACUUGCGCCGAGUUCAAGCAGGAGGUGGGGCUCCACUGGCACACCUUGACCAACUUCCUGUGCCUGGCGAUCUUCGUCAACGCCUCGGCCGUCAUCCUCAUCUCCAACGGGUGCAUCCUGAGGAGGCUGUGCCAGGCCCAGGAGGAGGGCAAGCACAGCACCGUCAAGCAGGCCCUCUUCAACAUCGAGAUGGUCACCGCGGCCUACAUCGUCUGCUUCGUGCCCUACCACGUGGUGCGCACCCCGUACACGUUCGUGCAGAACCAAGUCAUCACCGACUGCUCCCUGCGGCGCCGCCUGUUCAUCGCCAAGGAAUCCACCUUGUUCCUGUCAGUGCUCAACCUCUGCUUCGACCCCAUCCUCUACUUCUACCUCUCCCGCUCCUUCAGAGAGAAGAUAACCGAAGCCUUCAAGCCGCAGAAGAGGGCUCCGGUCAACGAUGCCCCCGGGACUGCACUGUAAAUUGGAAGGAACACUGGCGAGUUAUCUAGAAAGAACUUACAAAAUUACAGUCGUUUUAAAAAGAGAUAAAUAUUAGAUAGACGAAAGAUGUAUAUAUAUGUGUGUAUGUUUUGACGGCCACAGCCCGCAAAGUCUCGAUUUGUUUUUUAUUUGUUUUUGUUUUUCGAUUUGGAAGAGCAGUGGUAACAGAGCAGGUGAAAGAGCAAAAUUCCGCCAAUUUCAGGGAACAAAAUUGAAAACAAAACUGAUAAAGGGGAAAAAUCUUUUGGAUACCCUUUUAAAAUUGUUGGUUUAUUAUAGCAAUCAUUUUUUUUUUUCUGAGAAAAGAAAGGCCAGUGCCAAGGUGCUGAGAAUGUUACUGUAUAUAAUGUUGCAAGAAACAGAUUUGGUUUUUUACAGGUUACAGGUUACAGUUUUUUUUUUUCAAAUACCUGGACACUGAAAGGGUUCGGAAAUGCCACGCUUGCUACAUGACAUCGUGUCUUUGUGUGCCAAGGAGUCCUGGUUCUCUGAGCCAAGUUCUCUGACCAAGCUGCUGAGGAUCACAUUCUGAGAUUCUUUGAGAAAUGGAUUAAAUGAGAUUGUAGGAUGAAUCAGUUACUAGCAAGUCAAGGAACCUUCUUAUGUUAUUAAAAGAGAAUAAAGACAGCAAAAAUGUAUGAGCUACACUGGACUAACUAAACAGCUUUUUUUCCAAAAUACUUGAACUUUACAACUGCAUAAACCACCAUGUUAUGGCAGCAGUGAAAACAUCACAUCUUGCAUUCUGCUUAUGGGAACACACCCCUGUCUUUCUGGGAAUGUGACAAGCAUCGCGUUUCCUAUUCUGUGGGUGAAUUGUGGCUGAUGUCUCAUGAGAAGACUUCACACAUGAGAAAUACCCACUUGACAACGUAGUGAUCGAGGCCUGAUAAAGGUCUGACCACCACCACUGGACAAAACAACACCAGCAAUUCUCAUGAAGUGUGCUGUGUGACAUCAAUCCCAUCUCCUUAACAUUCAUGCAAACAACAAUAUGACAUUUUCCCAGGUGUCCCAAGAAGUCAUCAUUUCCAGUGAGUUCAUCUCUGUUUUAUGGCCUUUCAAAGACUGUAAAACCUGACUGUCUAAUCAUGUAAGAGUGUCACCACUCCAGAAUGAAAAUGGCAGAAGCUGGAGAGGGAAAAAAAAAAACGCACAGUGAAAGUAACAGUUCAUUAUAAUCUGCAAACCAUAUAAUUUCAAAAUUAUGUUUUACUGUGCUCAUUUUAAAAUUAAGAUUAAAAAUUGAUUACCACCAUAAUACAAUGUAUGUGUUGAUAGUUCUGAAUUGCAUAAUACUAUUAUUGUGGGCUAAAGGGGGACAAUAUGUUCAUUCUGUUCUUUUGUAAUUGGUCACCACUGCAUGUAUUCAGUCAGAGCAUUGAUACAGUACCCAUUCCAGUUUAGAGUACAAAGAACUCAGUACUUUGUGUACUAAGUCUGCUAUAUAUUAUAACCACAUUUAAACUUGUGGAAACAUCAACAUAAGUAAUUUGAUACUACUUUUUCAAAUAAGUAGUUUGAAAAAGUCAUUAAUUGGCUUUUUAAAAAACAUCAACAGGUUAUAUUUUCUACUAUAAAUUUGGUAGCUGUUUAUUUUAAGGGGUGGAAAUUCCACUUUGUAACUGCAUGAAAAACAGCUGUUGGCACUGAGGUCACCGUUAAGAAAGGUAAUUAUAAAUGAAAAAUAUCUGACUUCAGUUAAUCCUGAGGAAGAAUUGUUCCUGGCACUGAAUUAUGAGACAGAAGGGCUUUUUGCAUGAAUCUGCACCCCCCAGAGUAAAGUGCUUCCAUGAUGUUUUAUUUCAGCCACUCUUAUUUCAAACUACUUUAAAAAAAUGUGAUUAGAGUAUUUCCACAUGCAGAUAACUAACUGUUUUGGAGAAUCCUUGCACUCUCUUUUAGUUUUAUGUGGUCAACCCUGAAGACACAACCGUACAUACCUUACGUGCAUGCCCUAAAGAAGCAAGCUUUUACAGAGCGCUGCUGACCACAGGCGUACAAACCAUAGGUGAUACAUGCCGAAGCAGAGUCAGGGGACGGAAUAAUUCGUCUGUAGGCUGACUGUGAUCGGUCCCUGAACUUUGAAUGCAUGACUUCCUAGUAAAGCACUGUAGAGGCUACAGGCUCUCACGGCAUAAAGCACAAUAGAGGCAUCUAACUAUAGCCUAGUGUCCCAUUCUUCUUAACUGACUGAAUGUAUUGUUAUGAUUCAAUGGAACUAAGAAGAAGCUUGAUGUAUUUGUCUUAAAACUGCAACUGUUAAAAAUACUACAGACUGUACCUUAACCUUGGUCAAACUGUACGUCUUGUACCAGCUCAAAUUGAGGUACAGCUUGAAAAAAAAUAUAUUUUAGAAUUGUGAGUCUAUAUUGCAUACUUUCAUAUUAUUGGCACGGAGAAAAAAAAAGGUACACACAGGAAGUCUCACAGACUUUUAUACCUACUAUCAGCUGGGAAAAACGCACAUUCGCUGUAUGUCUGAAUAGUCCACAGCUGGUAGAGAGUUCCAGGCUUCUAUUGCAAUGGCGAAUCUGUCUGAGCAUUAACAGCAAGUAAGACUUCUGUGACUCUAAAAACCUCUUCUCGCGACGUCUAGUAGGCUAAUUCACCCAGCAUGGCUGUUUCACAGAGGUCUUCAGUUCUGACACACAAUCCCACCUCUGACGAGCACAAGAAGGUGAGAACUCACAAACACAAACUGAGUGCUUUAUUUUCCUCCAAAAUAAAAAAAACAAGUUUUAAAAACAAAUUUAAACAGCUUUGCCCACUACAGACGAACCAGGCGCUUUGUAUCAAUGGGAUGCCCAGUGUUUUUAUAUUUCUUUUGCUGGUCAAGUUUACGAAGUAUAUUGUGAAGGUGAAAGCACCACACAGUAUAGGCAUCAUACCAGUGACAUUUAGUGCUUUUUCUAAAAUUAAACUUUUUUUCUGCUUUUGAAUAUUAUAGUAAAUGGUCACAAAAGUUAUGUUGUUUGACUUACAGUCAGUUCUAUGUUAAAUGAAAAAUAGAUCAUUUGAAAUGUGUGUCGAAAGGAAGUGUUUAGAAAGAAUCCAAAAAUAUCUUGAUUGAAACUGAGGGCUAGCCUUCCUUCCUCACUUCGCAUAUUUUCAGACCACAGUAGCACAGCCUCUGUGCUUCAUGUACUACUGUAGUACGUUUUUUGCCCAGUAUGUGUGAACACAGCUCUGGCACCACUCUGGCUGCAGGGCUACAGAUUAGAAAUAUAAUCUUUCGUGCAAGGUGCCAAACACAGUGGCCACUUCUAGACCAUAAUACAGAACAUA